GAGAUGGCAGAGAAUGAAAUCACGAGCUCGGCGCUGAACGGCCACUUGGAGUGUGGAUUGGCCACAGCACAGAAAGAGCUGCAAAGCCUACGACAGCACACCUCCGACCAGUUGAAGAGCUUGGAUGAGAGGCUCAGUAAGUCAACGGAACUUCUCCAAAAUUGUGGCCUUGCAGAGAAGCUCGCCGAGUUGGAGGCUGAGGUAGCAGAGCAAGCAAUUACAAACUCUGCAGUGAAUGGCCACUUGGAGGGUGCCCUACACACUGCCCAGAAGGAGCUACAGUGCUUGAGGGAGCUUAUGGCAGACCAGACGGGCUCUUUGGAAAAGCUGUUUUCCCAGUCCGUAUCACGACUUGAAGCCGACCUCAGCGAGCAGGCUAUUACCAAUUCAGCCCUGAACGGUCACUUGGAGUGUGGUCUUGCCACCUCGAAGCAAGAGCUGGAGUCAAUGCGUGUCUACACG